AUGUCCUACAAGCCGCACUACCCCACCGUCUCCUCCAACCCCAAGGUUUGGAUGGACAUCGAAAUCGGUGGGCAGUCCGCUGGCCGCGUGACUAUGGAGCUCUUCGCCGACGCCGUCCCCAAGACGGCCGAAAACUUCCGCGCGCUGUGCACCGGUGAGAAGGGCUUCGGCUACUCUGGCUGCCCGUUUCACCGUGUGAUCCCAGAGUUCAUGUGCCAGGGUGGCGACUUUACUGCUGGUAACGGCACUGGCGGCAAGUCCAUCUACGGUAAUAAAUUUAAUGAUGAAUCCUUCGCUGGCAAGGCCGGCAAACACUUCGGCCCGGGAACGCUGUCGAUGGCCAAUGCCGGUCCCAACACGAACGGCUCUCAGUUCUUCCUGUGCACGGCGCCCACGAGCUGGCUGGACGGCAAGCACGUUGUCUUUGGCCAGGUCUUGGAAGGCUACGAAGUCGUCAAGGCGAUGGAGGGCGUCGGCAGCCGCAGCGGCUCCACCUCCAAGCCCGUGCGCGUAUCCGCUUGCGGCCAGCUAUAA